AUGGUACAAAAAUCAUGCUUUCGUUGGAAUCCAAAGAAAAAGGUAAAAAACGAGAGUAAAGCAUUGCAACCCUCGAGCAAUGAGAUUUCUUCGCAACUAAAUGAUAAACUUGUAAAAGAUGGUGAUUCAAAUCCUAUAAAAAUAUCCACACCUGAUGAUGAGGUUAUGGAUCCAAAAGAUUCUAAUUUAAAACUAGAAAAAAUCAAUGAUGAUGACGAUGAAAAUUCCCUGCACCUUUUCAAGAGUGAUAAGAAAACGUUGACAAUAAAAGCGACUAAAAAAGUCUUUAAAAUGUCAUUGGAAGCUGCGGAACCAUUCUUUCCUUGGAUAAAGUCUGUAAACAUCAUAAUUGAUGAAAUUGUAAAUCUAUAUGAAAACGCAGAAUAUAAUGAGAAAACUUGUUUGGUACUGGUGGAAAGGGUUGAAUUAAUUGGUUUAUCAGUUAAAACUUUAACUCGUCGGAUGGAAGAGAAUUGUGAUAAGUUUCGGAAACAAACUUAUUAUCAUUCAUUUAUUAAAUUACAUAAGAUAUUAAGUGUCGUCAAGAGUUUCAUUGAAGAUGCAUCUCAAUUAAAAGGUUAUAGAAAAUUUAUACACGCUUCGGAUGUUAAAAAUAGAGCAAAUAUUUUAUUAACUCGAUUAGAAAGUAGCUGUAACGACUUGCAAUUUUCAAUAAUUAUUUCACAAGAAACAAAAGUUAGAGAGCAACAAACUUUAAGUGAAGACGUUGCUAAAAUGACAAAGUUUUUAAAAUCUUUAGAAACCGAAGGAGAAAGAACCAUUACCGCCGUAAACCGAGUAUAUGAAGAAGUUUUGGCAAUUUAUAAAAGUAUAUCCGAAAAUGCAAAAGAAGAAAAGAAAGUGUCACCAUCAAACCCGCAAAUUAUAUUUAAUGCCCCAACGAUAAAUCCAAAAGAUUUACAUGCUGAAGUCACAGAAAUUUCACAUGAAAACAUUUUACGCAGAAGAUUACGUAACACGAUACCGGUCGCUUGCAAGAUUUUAAAUGUUGCUGAUAACAAUUUAUCGGAGACAAAAAGGAUUACGGGAGAUGCUCGAUAUGAAGCGAAGAUUGCCAACUUCCAUCUAAGUAGAGAACAUCAUGAUCUGACUAUUCAAAUAAAAACUUACAGCACCAUAAUAAGAUGGUUGGCCCCCGAAAAAAUGCCCAAAGAUAAUCAACCUACUCACGUGAUGGACAAAAGACGAGAAACUUUUGACGCCUUCGAUCUUGACCAUUGCAAUGAUCAAGCGCCUAUUAUCAAAGGUUUUAUGAGAAUAAUCAAGAGUGCCUGGGCACAUGAGCGAGAACAACGACUUACCAUAAAGGAUAUAUAUCAAGAACUUGAUGAUUUGGUUCGAAUUCAUUCGCGUCGAAUACACCCAAAAAGGUCUUCCAGUUAUAUGUCACAAUCCGAACUUUCCACAAAUGACGAUUCCAAAUCAAAAACUUCAUCAGUUAACGAAUGCGAAGAUGAGGUGUUUGCGCUUGAACCAAUACUGUCACUUGAUGAAGCUAUAAAUGCUCACAAACGUGGAGAAAAAGAAAAAGCGUGGAAAUGCUUUGAGAUUCACGCAACAAUUGGUGAUCCGGUAGCGAUUUAUUGGCAGGCGUAUUAUUAUUCACAAGGUUAUGUCGUGAAAAAGAAUAUCAGUGAAGCCUUUAAACUUUAUAAGAAAGCAGCUGAUUCCAACGUACCUGAAGCCCAAUUUCAUUAUGCGAACGUUCUAUUAAGUAUGAAAAAACCAGAGUUUAUAAAUUAUCUCAUGAAAGCUGCUGACAAUGGUUAUGCUAUGGCUCAAUAUACCCUGGGUAACCUUUAUUUAAAUGGUCUUGAGGGUAUAGAGACAAAUAGAGAGAAAGGUUUACGAUACUUGGAAUCAGCUGCUUUACAAAACCAUUCGGAUGCAAUUAAGGAUCUAAAAAAAUUAAGUCCUGGUCUACUAGUAACCGCAGUAUAA